AUGGGUUCCGCUCCGCAGCUCGGCGCCCUCGGGCACACCUUCACCGCCAUGCGCGCCAUGCAGUUCGCCUCGCUCGUCGCCAUCAUCGGCAUGGUCUCCAACUUCAUCUCCGAGAUCAACGGCGCCGACGCGCAGUCGCCUCAGGUCCUGGUCGGGACGCUUGUGAUUAAUACGACUAAUAUCCUUAAAAAAAAAGGCCUGCAUCGCGUCCCUCUACAUCACCAUCACCUACAUCCUCUACUACGACAACAUGCUCCCCUCCUCAUCGCCACCGCCGCCGACUCGGCCCUGCUCAUCGCCGUCAUCGUCGUCGCCUGCCUCCUCGGCAAGCCCCUCUCGUACCUCAACUGCGCCGCGCUGCCAAAGUCCGGCAGCACCGCCAGCUUCAUGGCCUCCGUCACGGCCAACAUCAACACGGGCUCCGCCCUCAACUACUUCAUCUGGGUCGGCGCCGACCAGCGCACCUGCUACGCCAUCAAGGCCGUCUGGGGCCUGUCCAUUGCCCUGUGCGUGCUCUUCGCCUUCAGCGCCAUCACCGCCGUCUGCCUGUGGCGCCGCAUCAAGCUCGCCCCCGCCGCCGUCAAGGACAUUGAGGGUUGA